AGACGCCAACAGACGCCGGACUGAUGACGUGGUCCGCUCUGUCUUCGACCAGAGCAGCAGUAUGGCCGACCAGAGCAGGCAAAUAAAACUCGCUGCAGCUAAGAAAAAGCUGAAGGAGUUUCAGCAGAAGAGCUCCCCUGUAAGUGUGGGAGGAGAGAGGGGUGGAGGAGGAGGAGGAGGAGGAGGAGGAGGUGGUGGAGCAGGGGCCAAGAAGAAGAGGAAGGUGAAGGGACUGAGCCAACACGAUGCACCUUCAUCAGACAGAAACUCGCCAGACAAUGCCUUUGCUGAAAUGGAGGCCAUCGGGUCUUCAGUUCCCCAGGUGCUGGAGGACCAGAAGGGCGAGCUGGGUCACGGCUCACCCGUGUCUAACCCCGCUAGCUCUAACGCUGCUACUAACCCUGAGUCUGUUGGUCACAACACUGACCUCCAGGACUAUCCCGAUACCAACGGCAAUGAGAGUUUGACAGAAGAAAAUAGACCACUGUCUUCCACAGAGAGCCUGCGACAGCUCUCACAGCAACUGAACGGCCUCGUCUCUGGGUCAUCUGCUGCAUAUGUGAAUGGGGACAGUCCACCUUCUGGUGGUGAGAGAGAGCUGGAGGGUCGUAACCAGGAGCUGGCAGCCGCCCUGGAGUCCAGCAAGCUAACAAACUCUCAGUUAAAUACCAGGCUAGACCAGCUGGCACAGCAAUCUCAGGGGCUCUCCGAUCAGCUACAAAAGGAGCGAAAAGAAUUUGAACAGAGAUUUUCAAAAGAGCAGGGAGGCAUGCGGGAGCAAUUACAGGUUCACAUCCAGACCAUUGGAAUACUGGUAUCAGAGAAAUCUGAGUUACAAACAGCACUGCAAUACACACAACAGGCUGCACGGCAGAAAGCAGCUGAAGCCGAGGAGUUGAAUAACCGCCUGCAGGCAACAAAGCAGAGAGUGUCAGAGCUGGAGAGAACUCUCUCCUCUGUCUCAACACAGCAGAAACAGUUUGAAAAGCACAACAAAGAGUUUGAAAAGGAGAGAGACAGCCUGAGGCUAGAGGUGUUUAGACUAAAUAAUUUGAGUGAGGAGUCGAAGCAGCAGAACUCGGAGCUGUCAGAGAAGAUAAAGCUGAGCACACAGGAGAACGGAGCAAUGAGGCUGGAGGUGGAAGAUCUUCGCAAGAGACUCGAGAUAGCUGACCUCAUGUUGCAACAGUGCUCCAAUCAGUCAGAUCCCACCAGUGCCAACCAGCAGGUCCAGUUACUGCUGGGAGAGAAGCAGCAGCUGGAGGAACAUAAUCACCAGCUGAUGGAGUCAAUUGCCCAGCUGCAAACAGAGAGGGAUUGCUAUGCAGAGCAGAUCCAGGAGGAGGGUCGUGUAUGGAAGGAUAAGACAGAACAGCUGCUGACACAGGUGUCUUUGGUGGCAGAGGAGAGGGACAGAAACAUUAACCGAGUCCAGGAACUGGAAGACAGCAUCACGGAGCUAAAAAAUGCUGCAGUGUUGUUGUCCCAGGAGAGAGAGGCCCUGGAUAAUGCAGCGCCUCAGUCCUCAGGGCCAUCAGAGAGUGAGGUGGCUCUGCAGGAGGCCCUCAACACUCUACAUCAGGAGAAAGAUGCUCUUAUCGCACAGUACCAGGCACAGCUGCGAGAUAACGAGCAGCUGAGCCGCAUGUGUGCAGAGCAGGAGACGCGUCUGGGGGAGAUGGAGCAGCAGGUGGAGAGACAAGUCCAGGAGGUAGACGACCGCCGGCGCAUGUUGGAGGAUGUGCAGUCAGACAAGGCCACUAUUAGCCGUGCUCUCACCCAGAACCGAACGCUGAAGGACCAGCUGGCUGAGCUACAGAAUGGUUUUGUCAAACUGACUAAUGAGAACAUGGAGCUGACCACUGCCAUCCAGUCAGAGCAACAUGUGAAAAAGGAGCUGGCUCGCAGAAUGGGUGAACUGCAAGAGGAGCUGCACGACGUCAAGGAGCAGCUGGAACUGAAAAGUAAGGACAUCCUGGGUCUGAUGGAGCAGAGGGACCAGGUAGUGGCCCACCUGCAGCAAUACUGUGCAGGCUACCAGACCCUGGCCUCGGAGAGGGAACAGGUCCACCACCAGUAUCUGCAGCAGAUCCAGCUCAUGGACCGGCUGCAGCACGACGAAAGCCAGGGCCGUGUGCAACUGGAGAUCAGUCACAAUCAGCUCAAGCAGACGCAGGAGCAUUUGGACAUGUUAGUCAAAGACAACGAGCAGCUGAAGGCUGAGGUGAAGGAGCUGCUCAACAGCUCAACUCUGGUCACAUCAUCCAGAGACCAAGGCGAUGGAGUGGAGAGCCAGUCCCUGCAAGAGAGCCCAGAUAAAUCCUCCUCCUUAGUCAUCCCAGAAGACUUUGAGAGCCAGAAAGAGAUGGAGGAGUUUAUCCGGGAAGCCUUGGCUCAGGUGGAGGCAGAGAGGGACGAGGCCAGAAGGCAACUGGAGGAGGAACACAGGCUCCACAUGGCUGCCAGGCACCAGGCCGCUCUGGCCCUCAGCCUUGAGAACCAACACCACAGCUACACACCUGUUCACGACCAUCAUCCCGAGCACGACCACCCUCAGGGCCAACACAGUCACUGUGAACACGGCCACGAGCAUUCAGAAGGAGGAGUACCAGUGGAAGUUCAUCAGGCCCUGCAAGCUGCCAUGGAUAAGCUUCAGCAGCGUUUCACCUCCCUCAUGAGAGAGAAAGCCGACCUGAAGGAGAGGGUGGAGGAGCUGGAGCACCGCUGCAUCCAGCUGUCUGGAGAGACCGACACUAUAGGGGAGUACAUCGCUCUGUACCAGAGUCAGCGGGCCAUCAUGAAGCAGAAACACCAGGAGAAGGAGCAGUACAUCAGCAUGCUGGCCCAGGACAAGGAGGAGAUGAAAGCGAAGCUUGCAGAGCUGCAGGAUCUGGUCAUGAGGCUGGUGGCUGAGAGGAACGACUGGUACAGCCGCUACACCGGAGCUGUGGCCAGCGCAGGCACGGUGAACCCCGACCUGCUUCCUGUCGGGGAGGAUCACAUUCACUCAGAGCACCACGCACACACGCAUCCUAAUGCUGACAGUGGAGAAGAAGCCAUGGAGAUCAUUCCUCUGUCAGAGCCCACCACAGGCCUGGAAGCCCCCUCGUCCCAGACGCUGUCGAGCGGUUCAACCCAGACUGACUCCAAGCCCAUGGGGCCCAAAGAGGACGGCACAGCUCAGCAGAUCAUGCAGCUGCUCCAGGAGAUCCAGAACCCCCAGGGAGCACUAAGAUCACCCCCCUUCCUCGGGGAGAACCCAUGCAUCCCCUUCUUCUACCGGCCUGACGAGCAGGACGAAGUCAAGAUCCUGGUGGUGUGAGGUGUGGGUGUGACUGAGGCUGGCGUGCGUCCGUGUGUAUGUAUAUGAGAUAUUGGAUAUGUCUUGAAGACUGGGGAAUAUUAAAACACCACAGUAUACCAUGUUUGUAGCUUGUUGAUCAUAUUCACAAACACUUCUCAAGAAAUAUGACACCCUGCAACACUGGUCACAGAUAUCUGAAUGUCUUUGACCCAGUUACAUUAAAAUGCCCCCCCUCCCUGCUCUGUGUGUUGGCACACAUAUGUGCAUGGUUAUAAGGAGAGUAUUUUCUAUUUUUUGUUUUUAUGGGGUUCUUUGUUUAUGAUGCUCUUCCCAGAGAGAUAACCAGAAUUUCUUAAUGCAAUCUGUUUAUUCUCCAUACCACCAUUUUUAAUCACCAUUUCCCCACUCGUCUCCCAUUUUACACAUAAGUGCAAUAAAGGGGCCAUAUAUUCUGAACCCUUGCUGAUAAAAUACUUCAAAAGCUGUCGUAAAUGUGUGCAACGUCAGUGUAAACCUCAGUUUUACACAAUCCACUGUACAAAUGCCAAAAAAAAAAGGAGCAUCGCGUUUGAAUGUAAUAACCAGAAUAUCUACCCGUAUGUUUGUGUAAUGUGAGGAGAACUGAUGAUGGUGAAUGAGUGCAGGAGGAGAAGAGAGGCAGAGGACGAUGUAAGUUUAAGUCAGAUCGAGAGACUGAGUGCACAAACUAGCCUUUGAACUGUAGGCGCUGUUCUGUUUCAGAGUCAAGAGGUUGCUAGUUACAAGGUAAGAUUCAAGAAAGACGGAGGCAGGUUUCGUAGAUUGGUACUGUUCCCUAAAAUGACCCUUCCUCCACCUUUUUUGUCUUCUUCCUCCAAACACUGAAAAUAAGUCUCAUUUUUGUACAGUGUGAAAUGAUAAUAUAUGUGAAACGAUUGUGUUGUGAUGUCAAACAUCCUGUUCGACUGAGAGAAGUCGCCGCCGUUAUGAAAAGGUAGUUUCUAAAGUCACUAGAGGGAUAGAUGCAAUUUAUAGAUCCCAUGAAAACAUAUUAGUCAAGGUUAUGAAGGCAUUAUUUUCAGAGUGUUAUUCAGAUAAAUGAUAGAGCUUGGGCUGUUGGUUUUGGUCUGCUUUCCACUUUAUUAUUUUCUCUAUCUUAGCGUGAUAGAUACUGGAGGAAGUUACAGGAAGUAUGGUGUGAAAAUACACCCAUAAGUCAUCUCUCUUCUUCAAAUGUUCUCUAACCUGAAGCAUUUGGCUGGUCUCAUCACAAAUGUCCACAUUUUUUUUUUGGUUUGUUUAUGUACCUAGCUGCUCAACUCUAACUGAACCCUAAUUAAAAUUUCAUGGGGUCUUUAAGUUUCUCAACAAACUGACACUAUUGAUAAGAGCUUGUUCUCUUCUGUUACAUCUGCUUGUAUUUCCACAUAUCAAAGCUGAAUUAAUGCACAUCCUUUACAACUGGACUGUGUGAGUGUACGUGACGCGCGCGUGUGUGUGUGAUCCAAACUGUUUGCUUUUCAGCCGAAGUUGCAUCUGUUGUAUUUUUUUGUAGAGUACUAUCAGAUUAUAUAAGUAUGAUUGCACUAAAACUGUACAAAGAUUCCCAUUCGGCUCCUUCCUCUGUGGCUGGCUGGACAGUGACGUUUCUACCACAGAGCCCCUCAGCUGGCUUAAUGAUUUCUGUUGAGGAAGAGGGGAAUCCUAUGAAGCCACAGUCUUAAGCUGAGGGUUCCAGUUGAAGCUAAUUCAUUGAAAGUGUGUUGGUGUGUGUGUGUGUGUGUGUGUGUGCAUCGUUGCACUCGGAGGAUGAAUUGUAAAUAUGAACAGAAGGUGACAUUAAUGAGAUUGCUCACUCCAAAAGAUUGUGAUGUUAAUCCCAAAUGCAUUGGACCAAUCAGUUUCCAAAACUAGUCGAAAUAUUUGUAUUUAGAUUGUGAUACUCUGGUAUUGGCAACACUUGAGUAAAUCUUUUGGGCAUUGAAAACAAAAAUAAAAGGUGAGAUCCCAACAUAAGGACCUUUUUAUUCUUAAACUUAACCCUCUAGCUUGAAGGGAGAGAUGCUCAUAUUCACAAAUGUAGACUGGAGGAUGGAUUGAUUGAUGGAUUGAUUGACAACUUCACCGUAGAGCUCUUUCCCUUUUCAACUAGCAACCAAGAGCUUUGCUAUCACAGUUUAUUUAAGCUUCAUUUCAGAUUAAAUCACGCUAGAGGCCUCUGUUUUUUAGGAGUCUUCUCAUGAUUUUAAUAUGCAAGGACAUGAGGGUCAUACAAAAAAUCCCAGUGACUGCUUUAGGAGGUAUUUUAACCUUCUCAUUUGGAUGUCUUUGAAUUUUAAGACUGUCUCUGUUGUGUUUACAUUGAGGUAGAGGACACAUUUAUUCACUUGUUAAAUAGCACACUUGAUAUUUAUCACAAAAUGCAACGGGGCAGAAGGCGUUCUGGUAUUUUAAACCUAUUCUAGAAAUGAAAAUGUAAUAUGCGGAGGCCAUAUGUACUUUACAGGUGUAAAGUGUUCUUUACAGGCAAAGUUAACAGCGCAGCGUCUACACUAAACCACAGCACCUUGUUAGUAACAGGUGGUUUUGGAAUACAUUUACUUGAAUCAUUCUUGAUUUAAAAUAUUCCAUCGCUUCUUAGCAUUCUGUCACUUUUUGGUUUUCCUUUUGAAAAAUGCCACAAAAUAUGAUUUAUUUUUCUUCCUUCAUAUUGUUUCUGGUUAGACCAAGAGUAUAAUAUACAAUUAAAUCCAUUUAGUGUAGUUUCGGGGCUUGUAAAAAAACAAUUAAGACAAUGUGGAUAAAAUGAAUUCCCACACUCUCUGAUUCACUGUUAAAUAUGUUAUGCGUGAUGAAACAAAUAGCAAUGAGAAAGCAUUUAUUGUCUUUACUGUAAAAGUAAAGGUGGUGUAUAUACUGUAACUGUGUAACAUAUUGUAUAUUCAUUAUGACUGGUGUGUGUGGGGGGGGAAAAGCUGCUCUGCCACGUUUACUGGCAGUGUGGACUGUGUGUCGUUGGCGGUUACUGGCUGGCUGUGAUUUAAUACAAAGAUUGACUAAAAAAAGAGGAAAUAUUCUAUUUAUUUGGAAUACGUUAGUAUCUCAACUAAUCAGUUUUAAUGUAAAAUAGAAGUCACUUUUGGAUGGAAAUGAAGGAUCAUUCAGAGAACUGAUUUGUUCGAGGGCUGCUUCUGACAGAAGCUUUCUGAUUUGUUUUUUCUCCUUGAGUAAUAUUUUCUCUCCUUCUCCUGAAUAAAACUGAUUGAGCAA